AUGCCGCUAUUCUCCUCGAAAUCACUCCUCAUACAAACGGCAGACGAAUACUACAAGCCACCUCCCAAGGGUCAGCCAUAUUCAAUCACUCUUCCAGGUUCUCAGAAACCUGGCCGAACGGCGGUCUAUCGACAUCACAAGUGCCGGGAUGGAGUCCUCGAAACUCUCGAUCCCUCCCUGCAGACUGCGCACGACAUGUUUGAGUGGGCGGCGGAGAGAUAUCCUCACGCUCCCUGUUUAGGUUACCGACCGUACGACUCGGCGAAAAAUACAUAUGGCCCUUAUGAAUGGCUGGACUAUGAGACCGUUCAGAAGAGAAGGAAAGACUACGGCGUCGGUCUGGUUGAACUGCAUGCCCGAGAAGGGAUCACCGGUGCCAACUAUGGAGUCGGCCUUUGGUGUCAAAACAGACCAGAAUGGCAAUUGACGGAUCUGGCUUGCACAUCUCAGUCGCUGUUCUCGGUCUCUCUGUACGAUAGCCUGGGCCCUGACGCGUCAGAAUAUAUCAUUGGGCACGCGGAUCUCGCCUCGGUCGCUUGUUCCUUACCUCACGUUCCCACCCUUCUCCAAUUAAAACGCCGACUCCCAAAUCUCAAAUUCCUGGUGGUUCUCGAUCCUCUCGAACCGGGCCGCAAUGAAAAACCCGAAUUGUCCAAACAAGCCCUGCUCGACAGGAUGGCGGCAGAAGCCGGUCUGAAAAUCUAUUCCUUGGAGACGGUGGAAAAGUUGGGAGCCUCCUUGAAUCGACCAUAUAACCCACCCAAACCAUCCGAUGUGGUCACGAUAAACUACACUUCCGGGACGACGGGGCCUCCGAAGGGCGUCGUGCUCACCCACGCGAUGACGGUAGCGGCCACUUCUUCCUCCCUGUGCGCCUCACCACUAGACAACGAUGCGGUCGCGUGCAGUUAUCUCCCAUUGGCACACAUUUACGGUCGACUUCUCGAACACUCGGCUCUCUGGCUAGGCGCUCGAGUCGGUUAUUUCCACGGCAACGUCCAGGAACUGGUGGAUGACCUCAAACUUCUUCGUCCCACCACUUUCGCCUCGGUUCCUCGACUGUUCAACCGUUUCGGAGGAGCCAUCAAAGCUCAGACAGUUGAACAGCCGGGCUUCAAGGGUGUGUUGAGCCGAUACAUUGUCAAAACGAAACUGGCAAAUGCCAACCCGACCCCGAAAUCCAAAGACGCCACUCCUCCCACUCCCACCCAAUAUCACGCUGUAUACGACAGAAUCUGGGGCCGUAAGGUGGCCGUGGCCAUGGGGCUGGACCGAGCGAAAAACCUGGUCUCCGGUUCCGCGCCUCUGGACCCAUCCCUUCAACAAUUCCUCCGCGUCGUUUUCUCCGCGCGCGUAUUUCAAGGAUACGGCCUGACAGAAACCUACGCAUUGGCACUGACCCAACCAGCCGACGACUUCUCCGUAGGCAACUGUGGCGGUGUCGUACCCUGCCAGGAAGCCUGCCUCCUCAGCGUGCCGGACAUGGACUAUACCGUAGAAGACCAGCCAUAUCCGCGCGGCGAGCUUUUGCUUCGCGGCGCCGCGGUGUUCAAAAACUACCACAAGAACGAAGAAGAGACGGCCAAGGCCUUCACGGAAGACGGCUGGUUCAAGACCGGGGACAUCUGCAGCGUCGACGAGCUCGGGCGCUUCCGCAUCAUCGACCGUCGUAAGAACGUCCUCAAACUCGCCCAAGGCGAAUACAUUUCCCCCGAGCGCAUCGAGGGCGUCUAUUUGUCUUCUUUAUCAUAUCUCGCCCAAGCCUUCGUGCAUGGCGAUAGCGUGCAGACGUUCCUCGUCGGCAUCUUCGGCGUCCAACCCGACGUCUUCGCGACCUUCGCCUCCCGAGUCCUCGGCCGCAAAAUUUCAGAAGCUGAUAUGAAAGCGAUCCAAGCUGCAUGCGAUGACCCCAAGAUCAAAGCCGCCGUGCUCAAGGAUCUCGACAAGGCUGGACGCAAGAAGAAAUUCGCCGGUUACGAACGCGUGCGCAAUAUCAGGUUGUACAUUGAGCCAUUUAGUAUCGAGAACGAACUUCUCACGCCCACCUUGAAGCUGAAGAGGCCGGUAGCAGCGAAGGAGUAUCGAGGUGUACUGGAUGAGUUGUACGCUGAGGCGCUCGAGGGGGAAAAGACCGGAGCUGUUAAGGCGAAGUUGUAG